AUGAAUAUGAAAACCUAUUAUGACAGUUUCCAAAAUUGUGUAUUUUCUGAAGAUGGAGACGGGGUUAAAGUACUUUUAUCUAUUGCUGCCCCUCACGCUAAAGAUCUCACUCUAAAACUCUCUCAAAUUAAUCCCAAAAAACUGGAAUUGGAAACUCAUCGAUUAAUGGAAAGUCCAUGGGAUGAACUUGUUUUACAAUAUUUCAAAGUUCUUUUAGCUAUUUAUAAAAAUAAUUAUUAUGAAGCUUAUAAAGAACAUUAUAAUAUGAUUGUGCUAGCGUCAAAUCUGACGCGUUGGAUUCUACCUGUUUUAUAUAUGAUUUGUUGGGAAACUAGAGAACUCGCAGAUAAGGCGGAUGAUUAUUUAAUAGAUAAUGACGAAGAUCCAAAAUGUUUAGAAGAGGCAGCUCGAAAUAUAAACAAAGGAUUCUCGACCUGUAUUACGGAUAGGUCUCCUCUCAAUACAUCACGUAAAUGGGGAGUUUAUUAUAUGGCAGGAUUUGCAUUUAAAACUUAUUUCAAGGUUAGACAAAGAAAUUUAUGUACAAAUAUUUUGAGAUCAAUAAAAGUCCAGGAUUUACCAAGCCUUGGGCAAUAUCCAAAAUCUCAUCAAGUUACUUUUUUGUAUUAUCAUGAAGCAUUUAAGAAAUGUCCCAGAAAUGCAAAUAGAAAUAAAGAACUUAUCCUUCGUUACCUCAUUCCCGUUUUGUUAAUUCGAGGUGUUUUACCAUCACGAGAAUUACUAGCAAGGUAUCCAACAACGAAUGAAUUGUAUGGCCCAUUUAUUGAAGCUAUUAGAAGUGGCAACGUUAAAAAGUUUGAAGAAGCUUUGUUUCAAAAGGAAAAGAUUUUAGUUGCAUAUGAAACAUUUCUUACAGUCGAACUUGCUCGUGAAAUUUCGAUUCGUAUUUUAUUUAAGAAAGUUUAUAUUCUUAAUGAUCGCGAAUCAAGGAUUCCUCUUGAUAAAUUUCAUAAGGCGUUGAAAUUUGUUGGAUUAAAUGUGGAAAUGACUGAAGUCAUUUGGUUUAUGGCUGAAAUGAUUAGAAAGGGAUUUAUCAGGGGUUAUCUCUCCUACCAAAAAAUGUUUUUAGUAUUGAGUGAAAUCAACCCGUUUCCUCCUGUUGGUAAUCCAUGA